CAUGGUGUGUAGUCCCUUGUGUAUUUGUUCUGCUUCCUUUUAUUCUCUACCAGGAAGCUUAGAGUAAUCAUAGCAAACCCACGAGUCACUUCAUUCCCCCUUGGCCAUCUUCAUUCCGAGUCAAACUCCUGUCUAGCAAAAUUCUCCGAGGCUUAGGAUUCCAAACCAUAAGCUAAUGAAAAUGUUUCCUCUAAAUAUUUUAUUUCCUCUCUGGAUGCUGUGUUUAUCUCUAGAAGCUGCUGUGGAAAUUAGUCCACCAACAACCACAUUCACUGUACUAGACGAAGUCCAACUUUCAAACCUGACAUCACUUAAUAGCUCUUCUGCACAAGAGUCUACAGAACCACAAGUUUUGACCAUUGUUGCAUUUGGUGGCAUCAUUUUAAUUGCACUUGUGAUCAUUGUGGCAACAGUUCUAAUUAGUGUGAUCAGCCUGAAAUUUAAAUGCUGCCAUUCAAAGGAAUCGCAAGGAACUCAAACACGUGGACAUUCGAUAGUACCUGAAAGUGGUCCACCAAGUAAUGUGGAAGCAGAAAACAUCACCCUCCUAUCCAUGAAAAGCCUCGAGUGCAAUGAAACUCAUAUAAAGACAAUAAUCUGCCAAUACUGGAGGAAUCCCAGGUUAUCGUGUUCUACUGUUUUUUUCUUGAUGGUGUGUACUACUAAAUGUAAAGAUACUCCAAUUCGUUCUUGUAAAUUGCAGGGGAACUAUUGCUGCACAUAAUCCUUAAGAACUAAAUGGCAGUUUUCCUCUGAAAUCACAGUACUGUUGGCACUUGUCAUAGUAUUACAGUUGUCUGAAAUUCAGAAUACCAUAACACAGCAUACUUACAUUUUUUUUUGUUAAAAGUUUUGCUUGAAAGUUAUUGUCUUCAUGUAGGAGUUAUAAUAAUUUUCCAUAUUUCCAUGUUAAGAACGUAAUUCCAUUACAUACCAAACUUUGUAAAUAUCUUAGUAAAUUAUUGACAAAUAAAAUGUUGGGUUAUGUGUAUUACAUGUCAUAGAUUAUGGCGACAUACUCUGUUAAAUAAAUAAGGCAAUACUUUC